AUGUCGUGGUUGAGUGGAUACGUCACUGGACUGCAGAUCACAAGGUCUGCGAUCUACCUGAGUGUAAUGUGGCAUGAUGGGACAUUGGGCGUCGCUUACUACAGCACGGAGACAGCUGAGAUCUAUAUCAUGAAUGAUACCAUGGAGACAAACAACUAUUCACUGCUCAAGAAAGUCUGCCAUCAGCUGCAGCCCUGCUGCGUCAUAGCGAGCUCUAAGGCCGACGAGAGACUCCUCCUCAUGCUGCGGGAUCUGGGUGGAGUUGACUCGUGCUUUGGUGCUAGUGAGGUCUUGCCUGAGGAUACUGGCAACCAACGAAUUGAUGUGCAGCUUCUCCCAAGCUUAGAUUUCUUCCCAGGUAUGCUGCCUCCUCAAGAUGCCGCCCAUUCCACCGCAGAGACUCCGGGUUCUGAUGCUGCAAGAACACCUUCAAGUGGCAGCGCAUGA